UAUAUACAUAUAUAGAUUACAAAAAUUGCACUGUAAGGAGCAAUUGCGUCAAAGGUUUUAUGACAAUAUUCGAGACCUUAUUAGCGGUUGUACGAAAAUACAAUUAAAAAAUACAUAGUGAAAGCAAGAGAGAGAAAGUGAAGAAUCCAAAUAAAAAGCGUAAACAUGAACAGUUUACUCUUAGGAAACUUGAAAAUAUAACCUGAAAGUUCAAAACUGUAACAUCGUCUGCUAUUCAUAUAUUGCUAAAAACAUAUUAAAACGUGACUGACAAGUGACAUCAGAGAAAUAAUAGAUUUGUGCUAAAUCUGUAUUAAAUUUCUCAUUAAUAGAAUUUGCUGCUAGUGAAUAAAAAUAUUUGACAUUUGUCAAUUUUUCUAAUCUCGCAACUUUGAUACAGUAGUCACAAUUAUGUCAAAUACGAAGGAGAUGACAGAACUACAAGCGUUCAAAACAGUUUUAUAUCACAGUGUGGUAAUACUUGCGUUACCUGUGAUAGCAUUUUUUACAAGCAAGGUUUUCCUCUUCGAUGGUAUAUUUGGUCUCAACAAUGUGCCAAGUAAUGUGUACUCGGCUGGUGUUGCGGUAAUAGUAUUACACAUUGCUCUAGGAGCAUUUAUAUACAGAGCAUACUUUGACGAUCGAUCAAAAACAUCAGCAGUCAAGAGAGAUUAAUUGUUUAUUUUUAAGUACACCUUGGUGACCAUACACUUAUGACAUAAUCACAGUCAACACAUUUGUUUUCGGUUUCGAUAAGUGAAACUUUAAUAUGCUGAUAUUACAGCAUUUAUUAAUUUAGUUUAUCCUCACCCUUGUUUCAACUAAAUUAUCGACAGUUGUUAUUCAAUGUACCAAAAUUGUUAAAUAAUAUGCUAAUACGUGUAAUAGACAAACUUAUGUAAAAGCGAAAUUUCUAUAAAUAAAAAUUUAUAUUCUAAAA